AUGGCGGAAAGAAUUAAGGAAAUAUUACUGAAACUCAUAUCAGAACACCAAAAUGGCUUCACCCCUGAGCCGAAGAUUGUUGAUAGCUUCAUUUUGGUCUCAGAAGUCAUCCACUCAAUUUACAAAGAGAAACAGAAAGACAUGGUCAUUAAACUUGAUGUUGCCAAAGCAUAUGAUUGGGUUGUAUGGGAUUUCUUAAUAUGCGUUCUGAAAAGAUUUGGAUUUCCUAACAAAUGGAUUGAAUGUAUCAAAUUUUGCAUCUCUACUAUUAAUUUUUUUAUGAUUGUCAAUGGAAACGUGUGUGGCUUCUUCGGAGCCACUAAUGGCCUGCGCCAGGGAGACCCUUUAUCUCCUUCCCUUUUUGUGGUAAUGGCUGAAGUUCUUUGGAAAUUGAUUCAAUAA